AUGGAGAUCCCCCUCAAGUCCCUCCCCGGCGGGCGAGCCGCCGCCAGCGGAAAUAUGAUGACUCAGUCAGAUUUAGAUCUAAAAGAGACAUCUUUGAAAGAGGAUUUGAAGUUUUACUUCAUGAACCCAUGUGAAAAAUACAGAGCAAGACGUCAGAUACCAUGGAAAUUGGCUUUGCAGAUUUUGAAGAUACUUAUGGUUACAACACAGCUUGUUUUUUUUGGUUUGAGUAACCAGCUGGUGGUCUCAUUCAAAGAGGAAAACACUGUUGCUUUUAAACACAUAUUCCUGAAAGGCUAUUCUGGAACUGAUGAAGAUGACUACAGCUGCAGUAUAUAUACACAACAGGAUGCUUAUGAAAGCAUUUUUUAUGUUAUUAAUCAGUACAGGCACUUAAAGAACAUAUCCCUGGGGACCCUUGGUUAUGAACAUGAAGAAUCAGGUUUAAGAAUCUGUAAACAACAGUACAAGAGAGGCACAAUGCUUCCUUCCAAUGAUACAUUGAACAUAGAUGUUUCUACUGAAACAGAAUGUAUCCUUUUAAAGCCAAAGGAACUAACUGGUAAGAACGCAGAACUGAAGCUGAACUCUUCUUUUUUCAAUCUUGAAUUUUACAGGCUUAUACAGGUUGAAAUCUCCUUCAAGCUGAAAGGCAUUGCUCUACAGACAAUCCAUGCCCGUGAACUGCCUGACUGCUAUGCAUUUCAAAAUACUAUAACUUUCAAUAAUAGAGCCCACAGUGGAAAAAUCAAGAUCUAUUUUGAUAGUAACACUGAUAUUCAGGAAUGCAAAGACUGGCACAUAUUUAACUCAGUUCUCCAGAAAAACACUCAGUAUAUUCUAGUCUUUGAUGGAUUUGUCAUAUUAAGUUGCUUGUCUUCUCUCAUCCUCUGCACACGAUCCAUUGUUCUCGCAUGGAGGCUACAGAAGAGAUUUGUGGAUUUCUUCUUGGAGAAAUACAAACGCUGUGUCUGUUAUGCUGAUCGCCUGGAGUUCCUGAAUGGGUGGUAUGUCCUGGUAAUUAUCAGUGAUGUGAUGACAAUCAUUGGGUCAAUCCUAAAAAUGGAAAUAAAAGCCAAGAACCUCACAAGUUACGAUGUCUGCAGCAUUUUACUUGGAACAUCAACUUUGUUUGUCUGGGUUGGAGUCAUCAGAUACCUGGGAUAUUUUCAAACCUACAAUGUGCUCAUUUUAACUAUGCAGGCAUCGUUGCCGAAAGUGCUCAGGUUUUGUUGUUGUGCUGGGAUGAUCUAUCUUGGCUAUACUUUCUGUGGUUGGAUUGUCCUGGGACCUUAUCAUGAAAAGUUUGAAGAUCUGAACACAGUGGCUGAAUGUCUGUUUUCUUUGGUCAAUGGUGAUGAUAUGUUUGCAACAUUUGCUCAAAUCCAACAGAAGAGUUCACUGGUGUGGAUGUUCAGCCGGUUAUAUCUGUACUCCUUCAUUAGUCUGUUUAUAUACAUGAUCCUCAGCCUUUUUAUUGCACUCAUUACUGACUCCUAUGACACCAUAAAGAAAUACCAACAAAGUGGUUUUCCGGUAACAGAUUUACAUGAAUUUCUAAAAGACCAUAGCAGUGCUGGCUACAGAAAAGACAGAACUUCUUUUCCGUUCAUCUGCUGCUGCAGGAGACAACAGAGUGAUGACAACUUGAUACUGAUUAAUUGA